AUGUGUUCCCUCCUGUCCGCAGAAUAUGGCGACUGUGGUGUCGGUGCCUUCUGUCUGGGUGGCUGUGAUCCUCGCAUGUCUUUCAACCUCUCCUCCUGUGUCCCCGCACCGGUUUGUUCGGACAAGACGACCAAGUUCACAAACCUCGACAGUAUCGUCGAUAUAAGCAAAUACUACGGCGAUUCCACCAAGAAGGACUGGGUAGCCCAGGGAGAGCCUGCUUCCAGGGAUGGAAGUGUUUUGCUGACCAUGCCCAAGAACAGUGUUGGAACUGUUUUGGCCUCCACCUCUUACAUGUGGUAUGGCAACGUCAAGGCCAAGUUCAAGACCAGCCGUGGCCGUGGUGUUGUUACCGCCUUUAUUCUGCUCUCGGACGUCAAGGACGAAAUUGACUACGAAUUUGUCGGUGUCGAUCUCGAAACUGCCCAGACCAACUAUUACUUCCAAGGUAUUCCUGACUACCACAACUCUGGAAACAUUAGCUUGUCUGAUACCUUCCACAACUUCCACGAUUAUGAAAUCCGGUGGACCCCCGACAAAAUUGAAUGGCUCGUCGAUGGACAGGUUGGCCGCACCAAAGAGCGAAAAGACACCUGGAAUGAGACCUCGCAAAGCUGGAUGUUCCCACAGACCCCGGCUCGCGUGCAGCUGUCUAUCUGGCCAGGCGGUGCUUCCACCAAUGCCAAGGGCACCGUCGACUGGGCCGGUGGUCCUAUGGACUGGGAGGCCGAAGAUAUCAAGAAUGUCGGUUACUUCUACGCCGCUUUCUCCGAGGUCACCAUGGAGUGCUACAAUGCUAAGAGCGCCCCGGGCACCAAUAACGGAAAGAGCUACACCUUCAACAGCGUUACAGGAACCAAUGACACCGUUGUUGAUGGCAAGGGUGACACCGUCCUCGGGUCGUUCGAGGGCACUGGUUUCAACAUGAUGAAGGACAAGGCCUCUGCUUCACAGAGCGCCGAUAAGCCCAAGAACACCGCAGCCACCAUUCCCGGUGGCAGCACUGGAGGUACUGGCCAAGACCACAGCGGCAAGUCUGGCAGUGAUUCUGGCAGCAACUCCGGCGGCAACUCCGGUGGCAACUCUGGCGGCAACUCUGGGGGUAACUCAGGAUCCGGCAAUUCGGGCGGUAGCAGCAGCAGCGGCUGUGAAACCAACACCUUCAACCAGGAUUGUGCCAGUGGCAGUGGCAGCGGCAGCGGCAACAGCGAUAAAGGCAAGAACAGUGGUACCAGGGCGAGCGCUAGUGCAUUGGCAAUGAUUAUUGCUGGCUGUGCCCUCUUCUGGCUGUAA